AUGGAAGACCGGAUUACCCAGCUUCCUGAUGUUAUACUGUCUUCUAUUCUAUCAAAUUUAACACUCAAAGAUGUGAUCAAGACUGGUGUAUUGUCCAAAACAUGGAAAAAUCAGCAUCGACGACUGAUACGAGAUUUGAAUUUCGAUAUGCCAAACCUGUUCAAAAACAAAUAUGAUAAGGACAAGUUUAGUCUACAAGAUAAUGAAUUCUUUUUGGGUGUGAGGAAUGAGUUUGCUAAUCGAGUUAGUGAAGUUUUGCGUUACUUCAAAGGCUCAAGAGUACGCUGUUUUAUAGUGUGCUUUUACAUGAAUUCUGAAGAAUCUCAGCGUAUGGAUCACUGGAUUAGUUCUGCAAUAGCUUCUGGAGUAGAAGAAAUUCAACUCCUCUUUUCAAGGAAACGAUUUUUACUGUUUAUGAGAGAUGAGGACAGACUGUAUGAAUUUCCCUUCUCACUUUUCACACAAUCUUGUUUAAAGCAUUUGCACUUGGAGGAUUGCAUUUUCAGGCCACCUUCUGAUUUUUCUGGAUUUACUAAAUUAGUCACACUGCGUUUGGAAGAAGUGACUCUUGGCCAAGAUUUUAUUGCUUCCCUCUUCAAGAGCUAA